ACAUAACAAAAAGAUGAAGAAGAAGAAGCAAGCAGCUGGUGACAGCCGAAGUGAACCGCUCCCCCAGCAGUCAGUAAACUAGAUCAAACGAAGACAUUACUGGACAGCACUGUGGAAGUACAGUAGGAACAUUUACUAACGUUUACUGUUCACGGGAGGCGCGUUUGACAACUUCAUGUCGACUAGUGGAUUGGCUGGCUCCAGUAGGCCAAGUAACAUUAUUGCUGGAAGUGAUGGCAUAUUGAGUGAACACUGUUGCUUCGAGUAUUAGCAUAAGUAACGUUGACGUUAGCUAUAACGAUAGGUAGCUAUCUAGCAAGCAAAAGCUAGGUAACCUCAGUGUUUACGGACGCGUCGAGUCGCCCGUUGCUCUAGUCUGUCACGUUAUUGACAAAACGCCAGGUGGUCUGGUGCUUACUAAGGAUGGGUGACAUAAACCCAUCGACAUCCCAUGCAUUUCAAUCUGAGGGUUUCAGUCCGCCAUACAGGAGGAGGAGGACAGUAGAAGAUUUUAACAAGUUUUGCACUUUUGUCUUGGCCUAUGCUGGUUACAUCCCAUACCCUCAGGAGGACUCCCCACUCCGCAGUAGUUCCAGCCCCCCCAACAGUACAGGCAGCACAGCUGACAGUGAUGGUUGGACUCCUGGACCCCCAACCUCUUGUCCCCAACGCCCUCCCAAAGUGCCCCAGGACAGGAGUAGGAAACGUCCACAGUCAGGAGCCCCACUGUCCAGUCACACCAAGAAGGAUCACACAAUCCCCAGCCUGCACCCAGAUGAACACAGGAAAGCUGACAAGCUGAAAAAGAAGAAAAGGAGAAAGGAGAGGGAACAUUCGGCUGGGGAAGAGAGCGAAGUUCAGCGGGCCCACUCAAGAGAGCUGCAGUACCCUGUCUCAUUUGGCGGCCGAACAAUCAAAGAAGAGCCUGAUGAUGAUAUCAGCAUUCCCCUCCACCCCCAGCAUUUGCCCAGUGGAGGGCCCUGCAAGGAGGAACCCAAGGAGGAGCGUCAACACUGGGAUGGCCAAGAGCUUGAGGAAGGGGUGGUAAGAAUACAGAAGGUGGAGGGCUUUUCAGGAAACAGAACGGUGUUCCGCCAGGGGAAACAGGUGGUGUUCAGAGACGAGGAUGGAUCAGGAGAGGAUGAAGACAUCAUGGUAGACUCAGAUGACGACUCGUGGGAUCUGGUGACGUGUUUCUGCAUGAAGCCUUUCGCCGGCCGGGCUAUGAUCGAGUGCAACAAGUGUCACACCUGGAUCCACCUGUCGUGUGCUAAGAUCCGCAAGAGCCACGUGCCAGAGACAUAUGUGUGCCAGAGCUGCCGAGAGACACACGGACCCCCAGACACCCGCCGCUCCCACCGCUCGCGCGUAGCUCCCAGCAAACAUCUGCUAGACUGACCCCCCCACCCCCAGACUGAACACUGAACUCUGACCCCUUCCACUCCUGCCUUCCCCUGCACCUGCUGGACUGACCCUUCCUCAAAUUCAGGUCUUUCACCCUUCACUGUCUGUCCGUCAUGGUCAGCCGGGAACCCAUAUUUUCUAUGAACACUUUGUUGGACCUAUCCCAAGCCUGUUAUCCCAUUUGAAAACAGUAUGAGUGCUAUUUUAGAUUUAAUAAGGUUUGGUUCUGCUUCCCUACAGAUUCUGUGCGUAAGGCAAUCACUGAAUGGAUGUCCGUCUGUAGAUGACAUUAGCAUAGCAGCAAACCGCUACUGUUGGGACUUGGUGAAUCGUGAACACUGGAAACGUUUGAACUGCCAUAUAAAGAUAAUACCUUCACAACUGCCACCCACUAAGGUGCAUGCUGGGAUUUGUGGGAAAGACAGUUUGCACUUGUCUCACCUUUUUUUUUCUGUCAGAUGGACAGCUGUGUCAUUCUGAUUAAACUGGAUUUGAUUUCUCUUAGAUGCCUCUAUUACAAUUAACCGUUUAAAAUGAGAAAACAAGAUAAGCCUUGUGUUAAUUGCUUCAGAUGGUGCUAUAGUAUUAAGCUGAGGUAUAUUCCAAUAGAACAAAGAUGUAGGAUGAGAGAGUAGCAUCUGCAUCUGCUUCACCUGUUUGUUGUUCUGUUUUGUUAUUUAAGACAUCGUGAACGAAUAUCACUGAGGCUUUAAGCCCAUGCAGUGGAACCAAGCCCUCGUUCCUCUUCCUUCUACUUCACAAACUGUCUUCCAGCCUCGGCUACCCCACCGAAUCAGUAUGUUACUUGGCCACACAUGGAGCUUUUCACACACUUUGCUUUUUGCAGAAGUGUUCUUAUUUCAUUCUGUGUCUGAGGCGGGGUUUUUUUUGUUGUUUGUUGGUUUUUUUGGGUCAUUAUGCAUAACUUAAAAAAAACAAACAAAAAAAAGCCAGAUAACUGACAGGAUUCAGAAAACAUGUUUUCAGUAAAGGUGUUUUUGCUGCAUUUCAUGACCUGAUCAAACGUUGGUAUUGUUCAUGAAUACUUUAAUUUUCCAAACCAUUAUUAAAAUGUAUGUUUUUGUUUUCAGCUGUUUAAUGCUGAUGACAACGUUUUCAGAGACAAGUAUAUUUAUAGAAGGGAAUUCCUGAGGCCGUCCUGUUUAAGUAUCAACAGAUAAAAAAAAAAAAAGCUAUCUAACCUAACCGGAAUAGUGUUAGAACGAUUCUCUCGAGAGUCCAGUUGAAAUUUUGCAUGUAAGUGUGUGUUUGUUUGAGUGGUUAACACUACGUGAGAGUGUUGGCAAUGCAUGUGCUGCUAUGAGUUGAUCUCAGCUAAGCUCCAUGGUUUUUGGUCUUUUCUAAGAUGGUGAAAUGGAUGCCUUCAUAAAGGACCACAGCCAAGGUUGGGUUUUGUUGUUUGUCUCUGAAGGGACAGAUCAGAAGAACAGAUCUCAGUCUCUUAUCACCCCCUCACUAACAUUUUCACAGCAGUAUUCAGUUGCUUCCAUAUGCAGCAGGUUUAAAAUAUAUAUUUUUAGGGCUUUUAUCCCCUGAAAUUUGCAAUUUGGAUGAAAGAUUUUAAACUUAUUCAUGUGCCAUCUGCUGUUUCUGAUUAUAUAAAAGCCAUACUGUAGAGUGACAGAUUUUAGACUCAGAGCUUUGGAUAUUAGUCCAGGAUGGGGUUUUACAAUGCAGAAUCAAUGACUUGACCAGGGAACGACUAACACACACAAUGAAUGUUUGGUUUAUAAAGAACACUUUU